AUGAAUCACCCUCCAUCCACCGCACCUUCCAUCUCCAUCGCCGGCACUGUCACCUCCAUCCCCGGCACCCUUCGCUGUCUGCACGUGUUGCCCGCCGUCAGCUCUCCAGCCAGUGGAUCAAUAAUCAGUGUCUCCGCCGCACGGGAGGCCCACGAGAGCCGCCCUCGCCACCUGCCCCGCGCUCCAGUCAGCAAUACCGGCCGCCCGCCGACCUACCACAGCGUCACUAAUUGCCAAGGCACGACCCGCGAGGCUCCUCCCGCCGAGAGCCGUCGCGGGUCAUGCAGCCUCCCGUCAGCGCUGGCAAAGGCGCUUGCAGUGUCACAUUUGGUUCAGCUGCGUCUCCCUCGCGGGUCGCCGAAGUUUGACAGCCUCUCAAGUUUCAGUUCGACUCGUGGAAUUGAGUCAAAAAAGUUCAGUUCAGUGUUCCCCAGCGUGAGGGGGUCCCGUGACGACCCUUCUGGGAGUACUGUUAUUGUUACUAGUACUACAACUGCUGGUGCUAUUAUUAAUACCACUGUUGGUGCUACUAUUACUACAAAUGUUGGUGUUGCUAUUAAUACCACUGUUGGUGAUACUAUUAAUUCCACUGGUGGUGCUACUAUUACUACAACUGUUGGUGUUACUAUUAAUACCACUGUUGAUGAUACUAUUAAUUCCACUGUCGGUGCUACAAUUACUACAACUGUUGGUGGUACUAUUUCUACAACUGCUGGUGUUACUAUUAAAACCACUGUUGGUGCUACUAUUACUACAACUAAUGGCAACAAGGUGACAAAUAUAAAGACUGCCAGUAUGUAG